AUGCCGGAGCCAACGGGAAGUGGGUCUGAAGCUGGCUCAUCGACAUCACAGGUCACGAGCCAAUUAGCCUACCUAGUUCCUCACUUUGACCCGGCCAAGGAUGACAUGCUGAUUUACCAGCAGAAAGUCGAAUUGGUGACAGCAGCCUGGCCAAAGGAUAAGUACGUGGAACUGGUGACGCGUUUAAUCCUCAACUGCCAAGGCUCUGCAUUUCAGAAACUGCAAUUACAUCAGUCAGAACUGCUAUCCAAUGAUGAAUCUUCGAUACAGAAGUUGAUAUCUCUCUUGGGCGGAAGCUGGGGGAGAAUUCCACUGGAGAAACAGUUUGAUGAAGCCGAACAAGCACUGUACCACUGCCAACAGAAAGGCGAUGAAUCCAAUGAUUCAUACUUAGCCCGUUCAGAGAUUCUUUGGAGUCGCUUGUUAGCUAGGAAACUGACACUGGAAGAUCUUCAGGCAUUUAUCGUGCUCAGAGGAAGUUCUCUGACACCGGAGGACAAAAAGCGCGUGAUCUUGGAGUCUGACCGAGACAGUGCAGGGAAGUUGACAAGCCAAAAGGUCUCUGAGGCCAUUCGGAUGUUGGGAGCAAAUUUCUUCAUGGACAUGACAGGUCAACGCCGUGGCAAGACCAAGGUCUAUGAUCAACAUGCUCUGACGGUGGAAGAUGUGCCUGAAUCAGCCGAUGGGCUGAUAGCAGCCGAUGAAAUGACCGAGGAAGACUUUGUGGACACGCUGAUCACAGAGGGCGAAGAUGAGGAUGCAGCCAUGAUUGCUGACUUCGAGGCAGCCGCCUCGGAUGUAAUCCAAGAGGACCUGGAAAUGGCUCAAGCUUUUACAGCCUACAUGGAAGCCCGCCGACGGUUGUCAGAGAAAUACCGCAACCGGGGUUUCUGGCCGACUAGCAAGGGUUCCAACCAGUUCAACAAGGGUAAGUUCUCAGGAAGUGGUGGCAAGUCUUUUGGAAAGGGUUCCAAGUUUGGCAAGGGUCGCAAGACUUUACAAGACCGGAUUUUACAGAGCAAUUGCAGGACGUGUGGACGCCGGGGUCACUGGAAAGCUGAAUGCCCCUACAAAGGGGGAACAACAUCUCAGUCUGGUAUGAGUGGCAACGGUAGUCGCACUGCUCCAACAACGACGCUGGUGACCGAUCUUGCAAGCUCAGGUGCAGAUGAAGCUUUGCCUCUGGAGUUCUUAGGAAUUGCAGAGUCCGAUGUUUGGGCAACCAGUACAUUUGUGUCCGAAGAUGCCGAAAAGUUGCAGUCCCAAAAGCCGAACUGGGUAGGAUCAGCCAUGCGUACCAACCCCAAAGAUGAGAAUCUCGAAGAAUAUUCAGGUGAACAGGUUGCCGUGCAAGUGGAGGAUCUCAGCCACUUGACACUGGAAGAGCUGGGUCCGGAGCUUGUGGACUUUGGUCAGAAACACCGUGGCCAGAGCUUCCACGAGACGUGGAAGGAUCAAGAGUGGGUGUCAUGGAUGACAAAGCACUAUGGAGCAAGCACCAAAACAGCCCACCGUCGGUUCCUACGAUAUGUGGAGUUGAAGCUGGAUUACCACGAAGCUCACCAGAUGCCAAUUCCAGUCGUUCCACAAGGCAGCCUACCCAUGACAACCUCAGGUGUCCAAAGCUCAGCCAAAGCGGGUGGCCCAAGCCCAGGGAUGAUUGCGGCAAAAGCCAAGACUCGACCUUUGUCCCAAAGUUCAAUUCAUUUGCCGGACAUGGAGGACGCCGGAUGGGCGUUGGAACCCGGGACAUACACCCAGGGGACUAUGAGCUCGGAUCCCAAUGUGGAGGCAAUGCAGCAACGGAUGUUGCACCUGGAAAAUGCUCUCUCAAGAGUCAUUCACCACCUCGAGAUGACUGCGGGCCAGACUCACUCAGCUCAGCAGAUCCCCAUCGAGGAGACGUCCGAUGUGGAGAGCCCUCAUCUAGGACGCAAUGCCCAUCGCUUUGGGAGAGCCGAGGGAGAUCUAGAAACAGUGAGUGGCCGUGCCAAGUUGUUUAGCCUGAUCGCCAGUAAACAGAAGGUAACACCAGACAAAGAUGUUCUUCAAGGAAUCAUCAAUGCGAUUGGACAAACACUUCCCAGGGUAGGGCGACAGGAGAUUCAAGACCAUGUCAUCUUGAAUCAACUCCAAGAGCUCUUUGAUGACAAGCAGAUCAUGAGGGUCAUUGCAUGUAGAGGCACCGAUAGAACUCUGGGUCCCCCUGAAAGAAUGAGUCCCCAAGAAGCACCUUUUCGUCGUAGCCUGGUUUUGAUGAGAACCACGGGGGAAAUCAAGUACGAACGGUAUUGGGAACAAUGGGAUAGAUUAUCCAAACGGCAGCUCAUCCGACCGGCGCACCCAUGCCGCAUCAAUGUCACGAUGUUUGCCAAGAACCAUGAAUCCACUGAAAAUCCCGAAAACCGAGAGUCUGGUUCAGCAGCAAGUGCCGACCGUCCUUAUGGUUCCCAACAGAGCAUGCAGACAUCGCUGGAUACGACAGCUGAUGACAGUUCCCGGAAUGCCAGUGACAUCACGAUGGAGCGAAGCACUCCAAAUUUGCCUGAAGUCAGCCCUGAAGUGCCAAGCACGAUUCCUGAAAAUCUAGGUAAACAACAAGAUCAAAGAUUCAGAUCACUCCCAAAGUGGGAACAACAGGAGAUCAUGAACAUGCACAAGAAUUUGGGCCACCCUUCCAAUGAUCGUUUGUCAAAAGCACUCCAGGUCGCAGGAUACCGAGCAGAAGUUGUGCAGGCAGCUUUAGAGCUGAAGUGCCACAUCUGUGCCGCAUGCAGUCCCCCUAAACACCAACGUCCAGGAACCCUUAAGCCUUCUCAUGAACUAGCCCUGCGGGAGGAUCAUGAAAUAGGUGUUCAAGAGUUCAAGAACCUGCUUGAAAUUCGAGAGAGUGCACGACGUGCUUUCCACAGCGCAGACAACAGCGACACGCUUCGCCGAGCAGUUUUGAGCUCACGCCAAGCUACUCCGAUGAUCAAUGGUGCACCACCUGAUGAACAACUUCAGGAAAGUGAUCUUCUGGUUUGUGAAGAUUUAGACUGGGUCUUUCAGACCACUGCAUCGGAUGUAAAUGCUGCCUGGCGAUGUGAGUUUGAUGUCAGCCUUAAUUCCAACCAUGAAAUGCCACAGAAUCAGGGUGAGGCCUGGACACUCUUAGCCACCAAUGCUAAGAAACAAAGGACUGAGAUCAGACUGUCAGAGCUUACGGCAUCUGAAAAGGCCGAAUUCGACAAAGCCAAGGAAGCAGAAGUACAGAACUGGAUUCAGACGGGAACGCUAAGUAAGGUCUUCCGGAACCAAAUCCCGGAGGACCAGAUCUUACGGGCUCUGGCUGGGGUCUUAGGCAUUCACGUGGAUGAUGGAAUUGGAGGGGGCAACGAGUUUUAUCAAGAAAAGAUUAAACUCCUGGAGAAGAAGUUCCCGUUUGGCUCUCACAAAACACAGGCCUUCACCUUUACGGGGAUAGAGGUAACUCAACGAGGGGCACAGCUUGCCGAUGCCCUCACAAAGGCUAUGGAAAGUCACUUUCUUCGAGAGACCUUGCGCGUAGGAGCAUACCGACUGGUGGACGAAGCCUCGACCUUGAAAGAACGUGCCAAAACGAAAGAUCGGGUUCGCUGGCUCAAAGAGCAGAAUGAAACCAUCUUUUGCCGAGACACUUGGCUCAGGGUACGCCAGAGGUGGGAAGUGGAUGUGGACCGUGUCUUGCUAGCCAUACUGGUUCGUGGAACGUGGCCGUUCCCUUUUAAGCACAGGGUGCUUGCUGGUGGAAGCUUGGAGACGCCGUUGCAUCUGCGAUCGCUGGUGGAAAAAGGAACUCAUUGCAGGGCAUUGAGUUUGCGGUUGUCACAGUGGUGCUACCCCACUCAUAAUAUAUAUAUAUAUACAUAUGUAUAUAUAUAA